GGGUGCCCAGUGCGCAGACCAAUGAGAACCCCAGAGGGGAAAGACUGGUCAUUUCCUUUCUGCUGUUUGCACCCUCCCUUGGGGCUUAAAAACCACAGUCUGUGGGCAGGACGCACCUUCGAUCAGCGGGGAACCCCGGGAGACCCGAAUAUGGACUCCCUGAAUUACAGCACCCCUGAGUAUCCUGAUUAUGGCUGGACCGUGGACCCGUACAUGCCAGUGGACAAGUCUUCUAGAACCCCCACCCUGUCUGCUCCGAAUGUGAUUGCCCUGGUAAUCUUCGCGGUGGUCUUCCUGGUGGGCGUCCCGGGCAACAGCCUGGUGGUGUGGGUGACGGGCUUCGAGGUCCGGCGAAACAUCAACGCCAUCUGGUUUCUCAACCUGGCGGUGGCCGACCUCCUGUCCUGCCUGGCGCUGCCCAUCUUGUUCACAUCCAUCGUCCAGCACGGCCACUGGCCCUAUGGCGACGUGGCCUGCCGCGUCCUGCCCUCCCUCAUCCUGCUCAACAUGUACGCCAGCAUCUUGCUCCUGGCCACCAUCAGCGCCGACCGCUUCCUGCUGGUGUUUAACCCCAUCUGGUGCCAGAACUACCGAGGGGCCCACUUGGCCUGGGCGGCCUGCGGCGUGGCCUGGGGCUUGGCCCUGUUGCUGACCAUCCCGUCCUUCAUGUAUCGCGUGGUGCAGGUGGAGGCCUUUCCGUUCAAGAUGCAGUGCGGCGUGGACUACGGGAGGGACGGUGUCGUCACCGAGAGGGUCGUGGCCAUCCUGCGGCUGGUGGUGGGCUUCCUGUGGCCGCUGGUCACGCUCGGAAUCUGUUACACGUUCCUCCUGAUUCGGACGUGGAGCCGCAGCGCCACACGCUCCGCCAAGACGGUCAAGGUGGUGGCGGCGGUGGUGACCAGCUUCUUUGUGUUCUGGCUGCCCUACCAGGUGACGGGGAUAAUGCUGGCCCUGUUCCACCCGCGCUCGAGAACCUUCAAGAACGUGUCGGCUUUGGACGCCCUGUGCAUCGCCUUCGCUUACGUCAACUGCUGCAUAAAUCCCGUCAUCUACGUGGCGGCGGCUCGGGGCUUCCACGCCCGCUUCCUCAAGUCCCUCCCCGCCAGGCUCCGGAACGUGUUGACCGAGGAGUCCGUGUCCCGGGACAGCAAGUCCUACACCCUCUCCACGGCGGACACCCCAGCCCAGAAGAGCCAGGCGGUGUGAGGGGAGCCCCCCGCCUUCCCACCCGUGCGGUGUCUCUGGGCUCACGGUAACCGUGACCUUGGUGAAACCGUGUUACCGGGAGCAACCCUGCCCCCUCCCGCCAAACAGCUCUCUGUCUGCGCGUGCGCGUGCGCGUGCGCGUGGAGCUUGUGACUAGGACACAUUCGAUACACAGAAGACAGAUGGGAACGUCACAGCCUUUGCAGAAGAGUGAAGGGCGCCUGCGCGGCUCAGUCGCUUGAGCGUCCGACUUCGGCUCAGGUUCCCGAGCUCCCGGUUCGUGAGUUCGAGCCCCGAGUCGGGCUCUGGGCGGCCAGCUCGGAGCCUGGAGCCUGUUUCGGAUUCGGUGUCUCCCUCUCUCCCUGCCCCUCCCCUGCUCACGCUCUUUCCCUCUUUCCCCCCCA